UAACAGUAUAGUACGAAUUUAUAGAUGAAAUAGUUAUUACAUAGUUUUAAUACAUAAUUUGAAAAUAACCUAAGAUUUUUAACGAUGCCAAGGGUAAGAAGAAAAUAUCGUAAAGAUAGUAUUCUUUGUGUGAAACUAGAACGUUUGUCUUCUCGUAUAUUACAAAAAUAUAAUGUCGACGUAAGUAACGUUAACCGUAGAAGUUUAAGAAAUAUUAUAUGUUCUCCCCAAGCAGUUAAAGAAAAUGAAACAAUAUCUGGUGAGCAAAAAAAGUCAGUGAAAAUUCCAUCCAGUGGUAGCUCAGCUACUAAAAAAAGUGAUAAAGGAACUCACCUACGAAGAUAUUCUGUGGUUGACCCAGAAAGGUCAGAAUAUGUAGUAGAAGCUAUUAGAUCAGUUACAAUUUUUAAUAACAUUCCCAGAUACGAAGUGAAAUGGUUAUAUUGGGGAGAGGAAUACAAUACAUAUGAACCACAGCAGAAUCUGAACUGUUCUGUAGCGCUACAAAGUUUUUUGGAUAGCGAAUACACUAAGUUUGAACCUGAAAUUGAAGUCCUGAUCAAAGAGCUUGCGGUAGGCCCCAUGUUCACAGACAGUGCUUUAAAGGAAUUUAUAGUCACAGGUGUAACAUUGGAUGAAACACUACUAAAAAGUUAUUUAUUAGGCCUUAUUGUAAAUCCAAAAGCUAAAAAUCAUGUUAAAGUAUUGCAAAGAGUACAAAGCUUGUUGCAGAAAAAAAUAUUUUUAGACAAACGAAAGUCUCAAAUUGAAGCAUUAAGAGAAUGGGAAAAUAAAAUGAAUGAGGUAGAUAUUAAAGGAAAACUAAGAGUUAUAAAUAAUGUUGAUUUUGAAGGACCCCCUGCUGAUUUUACAUAUAUUAUACAAAAUCUACCAGCUGACGAUGUUAAAGUUUCCAACAACCCCUCAAUAGGUUGCUCUUGUAUGCCUUGUGGAUUUAAGACAAAUUGUUGUGGCAAAUUGCAUGGAUCGGAGUAUGCAUAUUUUGCUGAAAAACGUCUAAAACACACUGGAAUAUAUAUUUUUGAAUGCAACAAGAAGUGUAAAUGUGGACCUGAAUGUAAAAACAGACUUGUACAAAAAGGCCGUACUAACAAGCUUUGUAUUUUCAAAACCUCAAAUGGGUGCGGAUGGGGUGUGAAAACAGAUCGACAUAUAAAAGCUGGUGAUUUUGUUUGUGAAUAUGUUGGGGAGAUCAUUAAAUCUGACGAUGCUGAACAAAGGGGACAAUUGUAUGAUAAAAUGGGCGUUACAUACUUGUUUGACUUGGAUCAUUUAAAUCCUUCAUCAGAAGCUUAUACAAUCGAUGCAUACAGAUAUGGAAAUGUAUCCCAUUUUAUUAAUCAUUCUUGUGAGCCAAAUCUUUGUGUAGUUAAUGUAUGGGUUGAUUGCCUAGAUCCAAAUUUAUCUCGUUUGGCUCUAUUCGCAUUAGAAGACAUUGAAAAAGGACAAGAAGUAACUAUAGAUUACAAAUUCAGUGCCAAUGUACCAAUUGAAGACAAUGUUAUAUCAGCUGAAAACUUGUAUAAUAAUAUUUCAUCAACUAAAUUUACUAAAUCUUUAUGUGAUAUAUUGGAUUCUGUCAAUAUCUUGAAUAAAGACUAUGGAAAUACAUUAGAUUUACCUGAUGCCGGCAUAGGAUUGUCCAAUACUGAUCCAGCUGAAAAUGCUUGUUCCCAAAGCUCAAAGUUCAUGCUUUGUAAAUGUGGAGCAAAAAGUUGUAGAAGGAUUUUGCGGUAUUGUUAAUAAAAUUAUUGUACUAUAGUUUAUUUAUAAAUUAAUUUAAAUCGAAAAAAAAUUCUAAAAACAAUGGUUUAGCAGUUUUCCUCUGUAACAAUAUGAAACAAAAUUAUUUGAAUAAUUAGAAUUAUUUAUUUAAUUUGAAUAUUC